CCGGUAGGUCGGCGGCGGGUAACGUGACACCCGCGGCUGGGGGCUUAUAAGCCUUUAAGCUCGGCGGCGGCCAGGCGGUAGAGCGGCGGUCGGGUGCUUCGCCUCACGGUGCCGAGGCGGGAGCGAUCCCCUGAGGAGGGCGGCGAAGCCGAUGCCCAGGUUGGAGAGCUGCGCCUGGAGCUGCUCCUGCGCCGCCCGGGAAAGGCACAAACCCCCGCCGGGGGAGGAGGAGGAGGCGGCGGCCAAAGCGGGUGAGAUGCUGAGCUCCCCCGGGCCGGCGGCGGCGGGUCCCGCAACGCGCAGCCCCACCGGCGGGGCCACCUUGAACUGGAGCCAGCACCUGGUGCGGCGCAGCCUGGUCCUCUUCGUGGUGGGCGCCUUCAUGGCCCUGGUGCUGAACCUGCUGCAGAUCCAGCGGAACGUCACCCUCUUCCCCGACGAGGUGAUUUCCACCCUCUUCUCCUCCGCCUGGUGGGUGCCCCCGUGCUGCGGGACGGCAGCGGCUGUUGUUGGCCUCCUGUAUCCCUGCAUUGACAGCCACCUUGGGGAACCACACAAAUUCAAGAGAGAAUGGGCCAGCGUAAUGCGAUGUAUAGCAGUCUUUGUUGGCAUUAACCAUGCAAGUGCUAAACUAGAUUUUGCAAACAACAUCCAGCUGUCCCUGACUCUAGCAGCCUUAUCACUGGGUCUUUGGUGGACAUUUGAUCGUUCAAGAAGUGGUCUUGGACUUGGAAUUACAAUAGCCUUUGUAGCAACUCUGAUAACCCAGUUUCUUGUAUAUAAUGGUGUUUAUCAGUAUACAUCUCCAGAUUUUCUUUACAUCCGUUCUUGGCUUCCAUGUAUAUUUUUCUCAGGAGGUGUGACUGUAGGAAACAUAGGACGCCAACUGGCUAUGGGUAUUCCAGAGAAACCACACAAUGACUAAAUCUUUGAAGAAGAGAGCACGGUGCCAGUGUGAAAGCAACGUUACGAAGACGUGUUCCUGUUUCAAAUUGAAGAUUAUUUAGAAAAAAAAUAAUCUCUUUAUGGGCUCACUGCACAAAUGACUUGUGGAAAAAAUAUUAAUCCACUCUUAGAAUAGCCAAGUGAAAUUAACUGCUUAUCUCGAAAUCUUACCCUGAUUUACUGCAUAAGCAUUUGCGUAUGGCUGUUCUCUGGAAGAGUUUAACACCAAGUUGCAUACAACUAUUCAGGCAAAGUGGCAGUUUUCCAAGUAUUAGAUUCCAGUGUAAGUUAUUGAAGCAGCUGCCGUAUUUUAAAGCCUGGAAAUCGAAAUUUAAUUACAAGCUCUUGUAUCAGUGCCCAAAGGAAGUAGAUCGAUGGUGCUUAACAAUGAUGAAGUAUGGUUUAAUAGGAAUAGUAUUUAUCCAAAUCUUUUAAAAAUAGGGUUGUUUAAAAAUAAGAGUGAUUGAAACAGAUUAAAGGCAUUGCACUAAUGCUUUUAGGAGCCUUAUGAAGGAAUCAUGCCCUUACUUGUAAUGCUGCAUUAAGUUUCUGUCUUUGGUGGAGAGGGUUGGAGGGACAAAAGGUUGGAAGUCACUCAGUCUUGAAUUCCUAAAUUACUUCAGUAGUAUAGGUGAACCCUGGAGACAAUCUUGUUCUAACGCGAACUUCAUCAAGAAAUUCUGACUGGAAAUUUCAUCACUUCUGAAGCUUUCAGCCAGAUUUGCAAAACUCAAUACUAAAGCAAAAUGCUUCAGUAUCUCACUGAAGGAGGUCUUGGGUAUCUUAAACAUCUGGUGUCACUGAAAAACCAUGCAUUGCAGGCCAGUGCUUGGCCAUUGAGUAUGUGCCCCCAGCUCCUGAGAUCUGCAGUUUCUUCCCGGAGGUGUCCUUGAUCUUGCUUCUGUUUGCGUCAGGGUUUUAGCUUGAAAUGGUUGGAAACAGAAGCGGGCCUAAAAUGUGACUUUAAACUGUAUGUGAAGAAUAGCAAACAGCUUGUUUUCUCAGUUCAGUUUCUGAAAGAUCACUACUUGUUUUUUCACAACCCUAUAGAACUUGCAAUCUGUGAUUGCCUUCUUAAAAAGAAAAAAAAAAAGUGCUUAUGUCACUACAUUAAACAUUUGGUGUUUCUUAAUACUUAGUUCUGGUGAGCACAACAUACUCAUUUGAUAGCUUAGACCACAGAAGACCUAAAUAGCAAGUAUUAGGUCUUAAAGUUGAAGUGCAAUGUACAGUAAAUCUGAGCCUUGUGUUCUCUUCAAUAUCGAUCAUUUCUUAUGAGAGAUUAAAGAGAAAAGGGUUCUGAGUUCAUUUCAAUGCUGCAUGGAGUCAAAUGGAGCAAUAAUUUAUUUAACUAGUAAAGCUAGUUUUGUUGUAUCUUUCAUUGAACCCAAAUUUUUAGAAAUACUCCAAUUUUGUGGUUAUGGUGUACUUGUAAAGUUUUAUGGAUUUGCCUUUUUGUAUUAUGCAAUUAUUAUUUUUUUUGUUCAGUUCCAAUCUUACAUGGCUUCAGAUAUAGUUAGAGGCAUCAGUUAAAGUCUGACCCAUCAAAAAAGACGUUGAGGCAAGGUAGCAGUGUUCUGGCUGUUUUCACUCUUCUAUGGGAAUGCUAUAACUGCUGCUUGUGCUUUUUUGUAGCAGGAAAAAUUUAGCACAAAGUCUGUAUUACAGAGCAGACCCCAAUUCUAAUCUUGCUUUGGUGUAAAUCGAGUAAUUUCAUUGGUAUAAGAUCCUUCCUCAAACGUUUAAAACUUAAAUAAUCACAUUUUAUAGGACUACUUGAAGAAAUUAGGUCCUCAGCUCAGCUGCUUUAAGAAGCGUGCUACCUGCUGGGGAGACAAUUUUGUAAUCAUCUUGACAACAGUUUCAAAACAUUAUAAAAUCAGAUGUAAGUAAAGGUGACAGUGAUGUCUACAGCUGUUUGACAGAGAAGUAUUUAAAAUUUAUUUGUAAAGACUGAAACUAAAUCUGUAUGCGUUAGAAAUAAUGCAGCCAAAAAUGUAAGUCAAAAGUUCAUUUUUUGCCAAUACUUCUGAGUAUCUUAACCAAAGUGAUUUCAGUUUGGAAGAGGCAGGAGGGGAGUGAAGAAAAUUUGCACUAUUCUGAAUUUGAACACUUAAAUUCUCAUUCUUACUGAUAAGUUUUCAGCGGUGUGUUUGGUUUUACACUUUUUUUACUAUUAAAGUUUUAAGAUCAAGUCGUGUUUGCCUUGGA